UAUCCUGAUACGUGAAUAAUGCAAAUUCUCUAAUAAUGAGUGACAACCGAAACUUGCUUAACAGCAUAAGGAAAUUUUACCGUGACCUAUGUGUAAUAAAACUUAUAAGUGGUUGUAAAAGGUUGAUGCGUAAUACAAGUUUGUUGUUCGGAAGUGUUUACAUCAAUUUUAUAAUAACAAUCACAUCGACUUGUUCAGAUAUAGUUUUACUAACCAUGGCGACAGAACUGUUACCCGAAGAGAAACAUAACUUGAGACUGUCUGCUCUCUUACUGAAAACUGGUCCCAGAGCUGUUCGCGUUUUGUUUGACCGAUUUUUCCCUCCUGGAGGAUUAAAAACAGUUUUAAACAUGGAAAAGACUUCUCUCGAAAAGUUAAAGAAAAAGAGAGUGAUUAACCAAGCACAAUGGACUCUCAUAUACGGUACAAGGACUUCUCAAAUAACUUCUAGCGAGUUCGACAUAACACUAAUGACAUGUUUAUUGAGGAAUUUAACACCUUUGUCUAUACAAGACACGAUGCCAAGUCAGACUGAUACGUCUCCUGGUGCUGAUGUUUCUAGAAUUAAACAUUUCAGAAAUCAGAUUGCGCAUUCUGACGAUGGAAAAAUAUCGCAAGAACAAUUCAAUGAAACUUGGGAUAAUCUUUCAAAUGCUAUUGUACGUUUAGGUGGACAGUCAUUUGUUCAAGAAUGCUGUGAUAUCAAAGUAGCCAGCCUCAACCAACACGAUAAAGAGUUGUUACUGGAAAUACGACAGAAUACUCAAGAAAUACAAAACCUUAAUGAAGUUGUAAACAAUCUGAAAAACCCAAUUCCGUUCAACGUUAAAGAAUUAAUGAAGUUGAAAGUAGAAACAUGGGAGACUGAAAAUAAAUUAUUCGUCGAAACAAAGGCUGCAAAGUUUCUACUUGGUGCAAUCAGUGAGAAUAGCAUCGUUACUGUAACUGGAAACCCCGGAAUUGGAAAAUCAUCUUUGAUUCAUCACGUAGCUAUGUGUCUACAUCAAGGGGGAAAUUGCGAAAUUAUACCCGUUCAUUUCCCACUAGAUAUUAUAAAUUACCACAAUCCGGAUCAAAGUCAGGUGUUUAUUAUCGAUGAUGCAUGCGGUAAAUACUCUUUAAGUACUCAGCUUGCUGAGUCAUGGGAAAUAUACAAGGACGAUAUUGAAAAUAUCUUAAGAACUCGUCACACUAAAAUACUAUUGUCAUGCAGAACAAACAUAUUUAGAAGUCAAGGUUUUCAGAAAUUGAAGCUGUUGACAUCAUCUGUAUGUGAUUUGUCGUCUUCAAAUCUUACAUUGUCCAACGAAGAUUUAGGUAAGAUAGCAAGCGUGUAUUUGUCAAACCCCGAGGCAGAUAUCGUCAAAGACAUUUUACCUUCUUUACGUUAUGACUUCUUUCCCCUUUUGUGUAAGUUAUAUCCCAAACAUCGACAGCAUGACAUUGAAGACUUUUUCAAUCGGCCUGUUCAUGCAAUAGAAGAAAACUUAACACAGUUACAAUUACAAAAUGACAAAAUGUCAUUUUGUUCUUUAGCACUCCUGGUCCUUUUCAAUAACGCCAUCGACGACACUUGGCUGUCCUCUAUCUUAUCCGAUGAAGAUAAACAACGUGUGCAGCUUUUAUUCGAGGAAUGUGAGAUGAAUUGCGUGCCGUCAAGAAAGACAUUAAAACGUCACCUGGAAAGUUUUUUAGGGUCAUACGUCACACAUGAUGAAAACAAGUAUAAAGCGCUACACGACAAAUUGUUUGAUAUAUUAGCUGUCUUUGUUGGUACUGAGAUGUUUGAUUUUAUACUCCAAUAUGGUAAUAUAGAGUUUGUAUCUGAACGUUAUCAGUUUGAAUCCCUAGCAGCAGAUAACAACAGAUGUUAUAUAAUAGUUCCCAUAGAGAAAGAGUGUGAUUACUUUAAAAGGAUACUUCGACAUAUUGACAAGGCAUUCGAUAACAGACAGCUUGCGUUCGAAAUAUAUCGAAAUAAAUUUACUUCAUAUUGUUAUACCAACCAGUUGGACAUCGUGAAAAGACUACGACAGUUUGAUGAAUCAGAUACAAGAUCCCCUUUAGUUAAAGCUGUCACUUCCGGUUAUGACGACAUUGUAAACAUUUUGAUAGACUUUAAAAUGAAUGUUAACAUCCGGGAUGUGAUUGGUCGCAGUAUGGUCAGUAUAGCAAUCGAAAAUGAAUACACUUCAACAUUAUCGAUCUUGCUAAAGGCAAAAGCCGAUGCAAAUAUUGCCGAUCAGCAAGGAUUUACCCCUUUAUGCGUUGCAGCCGGAAUGGGGAAAACAGCUCUUUGUCAGAUGUUGUUAUCGUAUGAUGCUGACCCAAAUAAACGUAGUCUUGCAGGAAUGUUCCCACUAUAUUGGGCAUCAUAUAAUAGGUUUCCUGAUGUGGUGAAAGUAUUAUGCGACUUCAACGCAGACGUAAAUUUACAAAACAAUAAUGGAUGGACUUCACUGUAUGUUGCUUGUCGAAAUGGAAGCACUGACAUUGUUGAUUUUUUACUUCAACAGAACGCGGAUCCUAAUAUUUUGCAAAAGAACUAUGGUGUUUCUCCACUAUUUGAAGCCGUUUCACGUGGACAGUUAGGAAUUGUCAAGAUGCUCCUUGACCAUCAUGCAAACUUUAAAGAGUUACCAAAUGGGCGUUAUUGUCUUUGUGAGGCAGUACAAAGAGGUCACACAGACGUCGUUCGAGUUUUAUUGAAGUAUGGUUCGGAUCCAAACGUAAGUGACCAAGAUGACAACUUUCCUUUACUACUGGCUACCUCCAUAAAUAACUUCGAUAUAACGAGCAUAUUAGUUAAAUUUGGAGCGAACAUCAACCAGUGCAGUAAACACUUGCACACUCCUUUGUCAAUUGCGUCAUAUUUUGGUCGUGUUUCUUAAGUGAAUUAUUUACUUGAGAAUGGUGCUGAUACCAGCAGUUUUAAUGAUAAUAAUGAAACAGCAUUGAGUAUAGCAGUCAGAAGUACUAAUCCAAAGGUUGUUGAGUUAUUACUUGAACAUAAAUCCGAUCCAAGCAUUUGUAAUAUCCAUGGAAAUUCUUGCCUUUCGGAAGCAGCCUUCUAUGGAAGAGAAGUUUCUGUGAAGGUUUUAAUAAAGAACAAAGCUGAAAUUAAUUCUUCAAACAAGUUAGGAGAAACACCAUUAUUUCGUGCAGCACGCGCAGGAAACUUUAAAGUUGUAGAAACUUUGCUUCUUAAUGAUGCUGACGUUAACAAAUAUGACAAUGACGGUAAUUGCCCAUUGUCCGAAGCAUCAUUCUAUGGAUAUUUUGAAAUUGUUUUGUUACUUUUAGAACAUAAUGCAGACCCUAAUA